AUGUUUUCAAUAAUUUAAGGAGAUAUAUUUGUUCAAUAAGCACAAGCAAUUGCUUUACCCUCAGAUUAAUCAAUGCAAGAUUCCCCUGGUUUGAGAUAAUAAGCAUAUGAUCUCUUAGGUCGUCACAAUAUUUAAUAGCCAUGCAACAAUUACUUAUUAAAAUAAAAACCAGGAUCAAUUUAAUGCUCAUAAGCAAUAACUCUUCCAAUAAAUCACAAAGAUUUUAAAUAUAUAAUACAUUGUAUUGUUCCAAAAUAUGACGGCAAAUAACAAUUGCAAUCACUUAAUUAGUUAAGACAAUUAUUUCAUAAUAUGUAUUAAAUCUAUUAGAAAUUAGUUUUAAAGAAAUAUAUGAUAAUAAAAUAAAAUCCAUUUUAAUACCAACACUUGGAUGUGGCAAUGCGGGCUUCACUCCAGAUGAAUCCUUCAUGGUUCUUAAAGAGAUAAUUCAAAAAUGCAGGGAUAAGAUUAAGGAUGUUCACAUUAAAUUGGUUUUAUAUGAAGCAUCCCUCUUAGAUUUUGCAAGUGACUAUUUUUAAGAUCUGUUUCAAACAUAGACACUUGAAUAGAAAAGUUUAUUCAAUAACUCAAGUUAAUAGAAAAAUUAAAAUGCUAUUAAUUAACAAUAAAACUAAUAGCAAAAAAUAAACUUUGUAGAAAUUGAUGAUUUUUAAAAUGUUUAAAUUCCAAAUCAUUAAAAUUAUCCAUAAUUCAAUAAUUAAAACUAACCUUUAAAAAAUUAUAAAUCUAACAAUAUAAACUAAAAUGUUCCAAAAGAUUAAGAAAUAAGAUAUUAUAAUAAUGAUUUAUUAUAAAAACCUAUAAAUUAAUUACCUAUAGCAAGCAAUCAAAACAAAAAUAAUAAUUACUAAAAAGAAUACCAACAAAACUUACCUUCUAAUAAUUAAAAGGUUAUUUCUAAUUAAAAUUAACCAAUUAAUUUAAAUUCGAGUUAACCUCCACAAAUAGUUUAAGCAUAAUAGUCCUAAUAUUAAUAACCUCUUUACAAAUCCGUUCCACUUUAAUAAUAGAGUAAGAUGUUUAUUUCUCUAUAUAUUGAUAUAUUUGAUGAAAAUUAAGAAUAAAUAUAGAAUAGAAUAGACUUACUAAAAUUUUUGAUGGAGGUUUGUUAAGAUGUAUAUCAUCUUCAUUAGAAAUUAUUAAAGAAUGAAAAAAAUCUUGAAUAAAUUAAUAAGUAGUUCAAUUACAAAUUGUCUUAUAAGGUAUCUGAAAACCUUAAAGAAAUUCACCCUUUCUGUCCCCCUGAAAUGUUGGAAUCCUAAUACGUAUCUUCGACGCAUGAUUCAUUUGCAAUUGGUGUGCUUUUCAAAAUGAUCUUAAAUAAUAAAUUUUAAAACCAAAAAGGUAUCUUAAUUCAUUUAAGAAAUAGAUUAAUAAUUUACAGAAUUCCAACUAAAAGCAGAUAUAUAGAUUUCUGAUACUACUUCUGAUAGAUUAGAAAUUAUACAGCUAUUUCAUUUUCUAUCCUAAUAAGAAGAAUAGCUAAGCAAUACCGAAGAGCAUUUCAAAAUUGAAAAAGAAAUGAAACAAUUUUAUAUAUAGCCUAAUAUUAUGUAAAGGAUAUAAGAACAAAAAAAAAAAAUGCUGGGCUUAGCUACCAAAAAAAAUAAUUUUGAUUCACAAUUGUUACUAGGUUCUUUAUAAAAACCUAUCGAAAAUAAAGGAGAAAAUUUAAAUUAAGAUCUAAAAUAAAAAUCAACUGAGAAUUAUUUCAAUAAAAUUUAAUAUACGGAUUAAUAAUUUCAAUAAAAAAUUGAAAAAUUAGACAAUUUACAUCAAAGAAUAAAUAAAGAUUAAGAUGAUUCAUUUUAGGAACUAAAUUUAAACUCACCCCAAUAAUUUUAAUAGAAUGGGAUCUAAAAUGACCGUUAAUUGGUAUAACAACAACCAAAAUUACCUAAAAUUGAUUGUGUUGCCAUUCCAGUUAAUAAAUAUAAUUUUAAAUAAAGCUUACCUCCUUUUAUUAAAUUAGGGUCUUUAAAUACUGUACUAGAAGAUAUUGUCAAUUUAGCUUAAAAUGAUAAAGAACAUUUCUUGCAAUCAGUAAGAACAAAUGUGCCAGCUCUUGAUUGUAAUUAUGUCUUACUGGUUUUUUGUCCAAAUCAAGACAAGACGGUUGGAAGACAGAUAUAACUAGCUAAUUGUUUUCGAGACAUGUAAUUGUUUUUAUAAACCAAGAUUAUUAUAUUCUUUAAAGUGUUUGAAGCUUUAUACUUGUUGUCUAUGCUUAGAUGACAUAUAUAAUAACUUAAUAGAGGAUUAAACUGAUUUACCUAAGGAUACUCCAAUCAAAUCUUUUUAAGAAGCAAUUAACAAAUAUCCUGAUAAUUUAAAUUGGAAUGAAAUAUAUUUUAAUAAUAAAAAUUGGAUUGUUGUAAGCAAAGGUAAUAGAAUAAUCCAUCUUAUAACUUAGAUCCUCUAAAAUUUAAGUUGCAUGGAAUAUCAGUUUCCAUUUAUAAAUAAGACAUUACUGAAAUAAAAGGAAUAGAUGCUAUUGUAAAUGCAGCAAACAAUCUCCUUAUGAAAGGAGGUGGAGUUUGUGGAUCUAUCUUUCGUGCUGCUGGUGAAUAUCAAUUAGAAUAGGAAAUCAAUUAAUAUUUUUAACAACUUGGUAGAAACUAAAUUGAAAAUUCAGAAGUAGUGGUUACUAAUAGUUAUAAUCUAAUGUCAUUUUAAGGACCAAAAUAUAUUUUUCAUGCUGCUAGUCCUAUUUAUAAUCAAUAAGAACCUUAGAAGUCAGUAGACUAGCUUUAUAAGUGCAUUAUAAAUGUGUAUACAUUAAUAUUAGAUCAAUAGAUUAUAAAAAUGUUAGGAAAUGAAAUUAUCAUCAAUUGCAAUUCCAAUGAUUUCUUCAGGUAUUUUCGGGUUUCCAUUAUUUAAGUGUGCUGAAGUCUUUUAUUAAGCAAUUCUAAAUUUUAAUUUUUAAACGCCUAUGUCUAUACACAUAGUUGAUGUUCUUGUUGAAAAAGUUGAAAUAUUUUAGAUUAUCUUUAAAGGUGAAAAGUUAAGGGAAAUUAUUCAAUCAAAAUUAGAGUCUGCUCCUCCAACUGAUUGUUUAGUUGGCCCAAUUGAUCUGAAAUCUUAUAAUUCUGGGGUUGUUAAAAUGCUUAUUGAAUUAGCAGGACCCUCCUUUAAAAAUGAAUUAGAAUAUAAAAUAAAGUAUUACUAAACGAAGGAUGAUAUCCAAUACGGUUAAAGCAUCUUAAUUCAAGGCUAUAAAUUAAAAUUUAACAACAUCUAUCAAGUUUUAUUGAUUUCUACACCUCAAAAUUUAACUGGAAAUAAAUCGUGUCUAUUAUACUAAGUCUUUUUAAAGAUGUAAAUUAUUUCCUUUAUUUAGAUUGGUUGAGACAUUUCUAAAGAGAAGGUUUUCUUCAAUUACAAUAUUGAUCUAUGGUAUUCUUCAAUAAUGUUUGACUAAUGAAGAGGAAUUAAAAACUUAUGAUGGAACUAAAGCCAUUAAAAUAUUUUUAGAAGCAAUCCAGGAUUUUUAAUUAAAAUACAACCAAGAGUGUGGGAAAAUCGCAAUAUUAUCAAAUGUGCCUUAAUUUUGCACUGAUUGUGAAUUAAUUUUUAAGUGAAU